AUGAAAAUCAUCUUUGAAUUACGCGCCUAUCUGAAUGCAGUUCGACUACGCAUCAGCAGUUUCGAAAUGGAUCAGUUCCAAGCACUCAUCGAACCUGGUCGCCAGUUUGCCAGGGAUUCUAUUCGGUUGGUGAAACGGUGUACGAAACCCGAUAGGAAAGAAUACCAGAAGAUUGCAGUUGCUACUGCUAUCGGCUUCGCUAUCAUGGGCUUUAUCGGGUUUUUCGUCAAGCUCAUCCACAUCCCCAUCAACAACAUCAUCGUUGGAGCCUAG